AUGCCCUUCGAUGGACGGAUUAGGGAAUUCCCUUUACUAGGGGUGGAUCGUUUCAACACUGGCUGUUCGGCAUUUCUCCUAACUCAUUGCCAUUCAGAUCAUCUCGUCGGGCUCAUUCUGAAGUCCUUUGGAGGCCAGGUGUUUUGUUCUGUGGAAACGAAGAAACUACUAUCAUUGAAGAAGGACUACCAGAGGAUCCUUCCGCUUUUGGAGACAAAAAGGUUCAAUGAACCGUUUGAAGUGGAGCUUCGGCCACUAGGAUCUUCUGAAGGAUCUGAAAAUGACACUUGCUUGGUAACUGUGACAUUGCUCCCUGCUCAUCACUGCCUUGGUGCAUCCAUGUUCUUGAUUGAGUCUGAAUCGUCAAAUGUGCUAUGUACGGGAGACCUUCGAGCAGAGGAUUGGUGGAUACUGUCUUUGAAUACGUACCCGCUGCUAUUCCCGUACAUAAACGGCAUGAAGACUUUGGACAAUAUUUAUGCGGAUAUGACCUUUUCUUAUCGCAGUGAGCCGUACAUAGAGAUACCUCCAAAAAAUGCUGGAAUCCACGCUGCCAUUCGUCUUCUUGAAGAAUUUCCAAAAGAUCCAGAAAUUGCAUAUUGUUUUCAGGACACCACGCUAGGGUUCGACCAUGCUUGGGCCUUCAUCACCAGCUACUUCAGAAGCGCUCUUCACAUCAGCGAUCCCAUACUACGAAAGCAGGUCGAGGUUGUCUCAAAACAUGACCCUGUAAACGGUCCCAGCUUAGCAACAGCGUUUGAGCGCUACAGACUGGCCAGCUUUACAAAUGGCAUUUUCCAUGUUUGUCCCAAAGGAUGCUCAGACAUACCGAGCGACCGUUUCGUUGUGAGAAUCAAACAAUGCGUCAAUUUCAACAUUAUGGAUAUGACAGGGGCCUGUUUCCCUCUACGUCUCGAUUCCCUCCGUGUGACUGAAAAAGCCAAUUUGCGUAUGCUCAGAGAGACCAAGGCUGGUACUAGGAUCUACGAGCUACGUGAUCGGCAGUGGGUGUUACCCAAAAAUGGGGCCGAGCUUUUACCGGCUGACAUAAAACUUGUCUUUGCGAGACACUCAUCCUAUUCUGAAACGGCCCGUUUGGUGUCCAUGUUUCGUCCAAGACAAGUAUUCCCUACAGAGGACCAAGGCCUGUGGGUGAACGGUUUCAGCAUGAAACGCCUCUUUGGUGAUAUCUGCCAGGGAGAGAUAUUUGCAUUUGACGAGGAGCAGAAACUCCUCAAUGGAGACCUCCGACCUGAGAUCGCCGACCGCCCCGUGUCCACGGUUGAUCGCUGGAACGCUGAUGAAUGCAAGGAAGAAGAGAAGUUCGUCGAGAAAAUAAAGGAAGAAAAAGUGGCUCUCAUCAAUAUCCGAAAAGUCGUUCAGGCCUCCGCCUUCAAAGAGAAGCGCUCUGCCGAAGAACAGGACUUUGUCAACAAACGCAAAAAGGACUUCAGACUUCAAAAGAUCACUGAAGGCCGCAGUGACAUUUCCUACAGAAAAUUUAUUGAGGAGCAGCAGGAAAAGUACUACAAGAAGCACAAUCUCCCCGGCUACAAGCGAGACUACGAAUCGCCAAAGUACAUGCGCAAAUUCGACUCCACGUUGGGAGGCUCUAGUGAUUAUGAUACAGAUAGUUGCUCGAGCCUGUCGGAUAUUUUCCAUAUGAAGCGGGCUCUUUCUAGUAGCAGCGCAGAGAAGGCUUCUGUUGGGAGUGUUGUUCAAGAAACACAGUCUUCCCAGCCUCUCAACAAAGGCCUCCAAAGAUCCUUCGUCAGAUCCUCCUUCAACACAUAUGAGGAGUCGCUUAAACCAAAAAAAGUCGACUCGCUUUCCCUGUCCUGUUCUCAGUCGAGUAUUCUCUUUCGCUCCGAAAAGGAGCCCGACCAGAUCCAAAUCGACCAUUUUUCUCGAAGACUUCUCGAGGACCCAAUGGGCUGGGCUUCUAUGAGCCUCCAGUCCACCAAAGGGUGA